AUGACACUAGGAAACAGCACUGAAGUCACUGAAUUCUAUCUUCUGGGAUUUGGUGCCCAGCAUGAGUUUUGGUGUAUCCUCUUCAUUGUAUUCCUUCUCAUCUAUGUGACCUCCAUAAUGGGUAAUACUGGAAUAAUCUCACUCAUCAACACAGAUUCCAGAUUUCAAACACCCAUGUACUUUUUUCUACAACAUUUGGCUUUUGUUGAUAUCUGUUACACUUCUGCUAUCACUCCCAAGAUGCUCCAAAGCUUCACAGAAGAAAAGAAUUUGAUAUUAUUUCAGGGCUGUGUGAUACAAUUAUUGGUUUAUGCAACAUUGGCAACAAGUGACUGUUAUCUCCUGGCUAUGAUGGCAGUGGAUCGUUAUGUUGCCAUCUGUAAGCCCCUUCACUAUACUGUAAUCAUGUCCCGAACAGUCUGCAUCCAUUUGGUAGCUGGUUCAUACAUCAUGGGCUCAACAAAUGCCUCUGUACAAACAGGUUUUACAUGUUCACUGUCCUGCAAGUCAAAUAGCAUCAAUCACUUUUUCUGUGAUGUUCCCCCUAUUCUUGCUCUUUCAUGCUCCAGUGUUGACAUCAACAUCGUGCUACUUCUUGUCUUUGUGGGAUUUAACCUGAUAUUCACUGGGUUGGUCGUCAUCUUUUCCUACAUCUGCAUCAUGGCCACCAUCCUGAAAAUGUCUUCUAGUGCAGGAAGGAAAAAAUCCUUCUCAACAUGUGCCUCCCACCUGACCGCAGUUGCCAUUUUCUAUGGGGCCUCUUACAUGUAUUUGCAGUCUCAUUCCAAUAAUUCCCAGGAAAAUAUGAAAGUGGCCUUUAUAUUUUAUGGCACAGUUAUUCCCAUGUUAAAUCCUUUAAUCUACAGCUUGAGAAAUAAGGAAGUAAAAGAAGCUUUAAAAUUGAUAGGGAAAAAGUUCUUUUAA